AUGCUAGUUGUAUUUCGUAUUGAAUAUGACUUGUGUGUAAUUUAUUAUUUGAAUAUUCUAAUUAUACAUGAUUUAGAUAAUGUAUUAUUUAAACAAAUAAAGCAUAGUUUUUAUAAUUUGGAAACCAAUUUAUUUAAAAUUGAUUUAAAAAUCGAUUUGAUGAAAUUAGAUGUAAUCAGAGAAGAUUUUAAUUUGGAAAACUCAAGAAAUAACAUUUAUAACAUUUGUAACAUAAGAUUAGAAUUAUGGAGACAUGUUUUUAAGAUAUUAUCAUGUUCAUUGGAAUAUUUUAAAGGUGAUUCAAAAGAAUAUUUUCAAAAGAAGUUAACUUAUUUUUUAGAAGAAUUUGAAAAAAUUUUCGAUGAAUGUGAAUAUCCAUCAAAAUCAUAA